CUGUGUGUGCCUCAACAAGAACCGAAUUCGGUUUUCGGCGUUUUUAAGUUACCGGUGGCCGCGUUUUUGUUUGAGUUUCCUCGGUUCCGUGGUUUUCUUUUGGGAGUCGUUGGAUUGCUGCGCGACGUUCCGAGUUCUGAUUUCUAGUGGGGUCUGUUGGCUGCGACGCGUUUCCGUUAGGUUGCUUCGAUUGAGUUCGACUUCUCUCGUUUUUGGGGGUUUUCCAGUCCGGAAACCACCGCGGAACUCGCAAGCCCAGGGGAUUCCUCCCACGAAGACGCACACGACACGGUGACACAUUCGAGGUUUUCCGCAGUAAAAAGUGGCAAAUUUUGUGCGCCAGCAAUUUCUCGGGAAAAAGUGCAACGUGUGAAGAUUUUCAGUGUGUGUUUCGAUUUUCUUUUGGCGAGAAAAAGUGCGAUUACUCACAGAGAUUGAACCGCGCCGUCAGAGUGAGAGAGAAAGAGAGAGAGCGUGUGUGAAGAGUGCGGAGAGGGGUGUGUGAGACGACUGCCGCCGGACCAGCGGAACGGAAUUUCGAGAGAGAUCUCGUGUGUGUGGAAGUGAAGGAAGCAGCAGCAGCAGUGUUGGAGGAUUCCGAGGCCGCCGCCACCGGAACAAGCAGGAAGCUGAUAUCGUACUGUAAAGUGUGAUUCCUCAACUGGAUUUAACAUUUUGCCUCCGUCGAGUUAACAAAAACCUUCCAAAAUGCCUAAAUCGAUGAACGUGCGCGUCACGACGAUGGACGCGGAGCUGGAGUUUGCGAUACAGCAGAGCACUACCGGCAAGCAGCUGUUCGAUCAGGUCGUCAAAACCAUCGGCCUGCGGGAGGUGUGGUUCUUCGGCCUCCAGUACACAGACUCCAAGGGUGACCUCACGUGGAUCAAGUUGUACAAAAAGACAGGAUCGAUGCCGUUUUCACGAUGGGUCAUGAGCCAGGACGUCCAGAAGGGCGACCCGCUGCAGUUCAAGUUCCGUGCCAAAUUCUACCCGGAGGACGUCGCCGAGGAGCUGAUCCAGGACAUCACGCUGCGGCUGUUCUACCUGCAGGUCAAGAACGCGAUCCUCUCGGACGAGAUCUACUGCCCGCCGGAGACGUCGGUGCUGCUCGCGUCGUACGCCGUCCAGGCCCGCCACGGCGACUACAACAAGACGACACACACGCCCGGCUUCCUCGUCAACGACCGGCUGCUGCCGCAGCGCGUCAUCGACCAGCAUAAGAUGAGCAAGGACGAGUGGGAGAACUCGAUCACGACCUGGUGGCAGGAGCACCGCGGCAUGCUGCGCGAGGACGCCAUGAUGGAGUACCUCAAGAUCGCCCAGGACCUGGAGAUGUACGGCGUCAACUACUUCGAGAUCCGCAACAAGAAGGGCACCGAGCUGUGGCUCGGCGUGGACGCGCUCGGCCUCAACAUCUACGAGAAGGACGACCGGCUGACGCCGAAGAUCGGCUUCCCGUGGUCCGAGAUCCGGAACAUCUCGUUCAACGAUCGGAAGUUUAUCAUCAAGCCGAUCGACAAGAAGGCGCCCGACUUUGUCUUCUUCGCUCCUCGCGUCCGCAUCAACAAGCGCAUCCUGGCGCUGUGCAUGGGCAACCACGAGCUGUACAUGCGCCGCCGCAAGCCGGACACGAUCGACGUGCAGCAGAUGAAGGCGCAGGCCCGCGAGGAGAAGAACGCCAAGCAGCAGGAGCGCGAGAAGCUGCAGCUGGCGCUGGCCGCCCGCGAACGGGCCGAGAAGAAGCAGCAGGAGUACGAGGACCGCAUCCGGAACAUGCAGGAGGAGAUGGAGCGCUCGCAGGCGAACCUGAUCGAAGCCCAGGACAUGAUCCGCCGGCUGGAAGAGCAGCUGAAGCAGCUGCAGGCCGCCAAGGACGAUCUGGAGCAGCGCCAGAACGAGCUGCAGGUCAUGAUCACGCGGCUGGAGGAAACCAAGAACAUGGAAGCCGCCGAACGGGCCAAGCUCGAGGAUGAGAUCCGCAUGAAGCAGGAGGAGGUGCACAAGAUCCAGGAGGAGGUCUCGGUCAAGGACUCGGAAACCAAGCGCCUGCAGGAGGAGGUCGAAGAGGCCAGACGGAAACAGGUAAAGCGUAAAACGGAAGCGGCCGCCGCCCUGCUGGCCGCGACCACCACGCCCAGCCACCACCACGUCGAGGAGGAGGAGGAGAUGGACAACGAGGAGGAGCUCGUGAACGGCGAGAACGGCAACCAGGACUUCUCGAAGGACUUUGACACCGACGAGCACAUAAAGGACCCCGUCGAGGAGAGACGCACGCUGGCGGAACGCAACGAGCGUUUGCACGACCAGCUCAAGGCCCUCAAGCAAGACCUCGCCCUGUCCCGGGACGACACGAUGGAGACGGCGAACGACAAGAUCCACCGGGAGAACGUGCGCCAGGGGCGGGACAAGUACAAGACGCUGCGCGAGAUCCGCAAAGGCAACACCAAGCGCCGCGUGGACCAGUUCGAGAACAUGUAAAUUCGAGAACACACAGCGGAGCACAUGCAUAAUAGGUGGGGACAGUUUUGGUAUAGCGUAGGCGUAGCGGUAGUAGUGUUGGUGUUUCGUGUCGUCGUAGUUGUCGAACUCUUGCACACCAAACACACACGUACACAUAAAGGCGCGCUCUUUGACGACGAAUGUUCGGUGUGGUGGUGGUAAACAACGACACAACAACAACAACAACAGCAACAACACCAGAUAGUAUAUAGUUUUGUAAUAAUAUUCGUUUAGGAAUCAUGGAAAUGAUGAUGAGAGGGAGAAAGAGAGAGCAAUGGCGCAGCGGUUGCUUGUUUAGAACACAAAGUGAAUUGAAACUGAGAGAAAAAUGCAACUACAAAUACAUUUUUAUUAACUGCUAUUAAUCUAUUGUUAUCAGGAAUAUGUUUUUCUACAUUUACUCUCGAGUAGAGCUUGUCAAAAUCUGGGCUUCUAUCUAUCCAGAGAAAAAUCGUUUUGUUCGAAACUCCAAGUUAAAGGUCUUUCUUCAUCAAAAGUAUUACACACAAACACAAUAAUAGCAGCCAAGUUGCAUGUUUUGUUGCCGAACCAACUAAUCUUCCAUUCCCUGCUGCUGCAUUAAUAAAUUCUGUAGACAAGCGAAGUUAAAAGUAUGGGUUAAAAAGUUUGUUGUUAUUUAUCAACAGUUUGUCGCAGUUUUCUUCUAAAUAACACACACACACACACAUUUACUGGUAGGUUCGUAUUCACUAAUUAAUAAUUUGAGACAAGGGUUGAGACAACACUUAAUGAUGAUGGCGAUUAAGAUAUAAAAUCAAGGAUAUACUAUAAUAAAGGUGUAGAAAAACGGAGCAAGAGCAGCAGCAGCAGCAGAAAAAAAAAGAAACUAAUUGUUAUUAAGUUUAAUCAACACUACUUGUAGGGUUUGCGACUAAGUUAAACAAAAACUGCAAGGAUAAAUUGAGGAAUAACGCAAGUAAGCAAAAAAGAUACGCGGAAAAGAACAUAUUAUGAUGAUAAUUUUAGCGCAUAGGAAAUUCAAUUAAUAAUUAUUACUCCUUUUAAUUGCGUGCGAGAGAAGCGACAAGCUGAACAAUAUUUUUUCGCUGGUUUAAAAAAAGAAAAAGGUACCAUUUGAUUCUAAAUAAAUUUAGACACGAAAACAGAUCCUUCCAGUAACAAGUUAAACACAUACCCUCACACACACACAGACAGACAGUAAAUGGCAACGGAAAUUCUACACACGAGCAAAAAUGUUAAAAUCGUAUCAAUAAUGAUGGUUUUGUACAAUCAAAAGCGGCGGGGGUUUGAAAUGAAAGAAGCAGAAAAUCGAACGAUGAUUCCCACGCGAGAAUUAAGGAAAAACAAUCACGAAUAUUUCUAUCUGCCAUUUUUACGUUUUAUUAUUUUUUGUUUAAAUUAUUUUUAAUUAAUUUGAUUAAUUGAAAUACACAAACACUGGAAAGAAACAGCAACACAGAAACACAAUCGUUGACACUUGUGGGAGAUAGAUUACACUGAAAAUAAUACACACACACCUACACGAUUAGGUAACGCGUGUUUGCGAGAAAGAAAAAAAAACAUUAAGCAUUGGGAGUAAAAUAUAACAUUUAUAAAUAAACAACAAGAUGGGCGAAGAGAGUUGGAGAAAAAAAAGGGUAGACGGGCUGGAUUUUUCUACAAAGAUUUCCAAUCUUUUCCCCCCUGAGUAAACACACCGGAACACACACAAACACGAUUGAUUUGCUUCGUUCUGUCCCUAGAGCCAGUAUUUUUUUUGUUUGUUUUACACUAUUUUUCCCAUGCUUGUUUUAAAUGGAACUCUCUCGUGACCUUGGUUCUCCCCCCACCCACCUUUUUUUUAAUUGUAUUUUCGUUUGGAGGUGUAAAAUCUUUGAUUAAAAUUCAAGCCAUGUAAUGUAACUGAA